CUGCGAAAAUGGCGAGCGAUUUCCCCCCAACCUUGAAGGUUACUUCCUCAGGCUCUCAGUACUCGGUCUCCACCUCGGGCUAUGUGACUGUGCCCAACCCUACGCCUCGUACAGAAGCUGCUGAGGUCGUCGACCCGCCGCCAGAGAUCGACUUCCAGGCUAUGACAAAGACUCUUGCCACCAUAGCAGAGGGUCUGAACGAGUCAGCAGAAGAGGCCAUGUUUCCUUCUCCGCCGAUUAACACACCAGUUAUCACUUCACCGGCAGCGUCCGUUACCUACCAGCACCCUAAGAUUCGUAGCCGUGGGAUGAGCACCAUUGGCGAUAGGCUCGCCCGAGCUGUGGCUGAGGGUCGCAAAUUCUAUCACGACUCAGACGUAUCGACCAGUGACAGUUCUGUUCGCUCGUCCCUUCCCACAGAUGACGAGAGUGAUAGCAUGAGCGAUGUCCUCAGUGAUGGAGGAAGGGAUAGGCACAAUAUUCCCAUCGCCCUAGGCUCGCCUCGCGCCAACCCGAUGGGGCUGAUCUCUUUCACCUCCAACGAUCUUGACGAUAGACGUCCUGCGCCUUUCAACAGCACCGAAGCUUUCGAUGGCGCUACUCGAACAGGUAUCGGCUCUGGAAGUGUUUCCCCCGACAGUACAAAGAGUGCUGCAACCGGGGUCACUGAGAUGAGCACGUGGAAGGAAGAGGUGGAAGGCCGUUUCGAGCGGGCUCUGAAAAGCCUCGAGAAUCUGGCUCGCGAUGAACACAAUCUGGACUCCAGCAAGCCUAUGGAUUACUACUACGAGGCACACUUGAAGCGACUCUUGGGCGCCCACAAGCGAAAAUUUCCUACGUCUGUUGGUCUGAUGCAGAAGCCUUCGUAAAUAUGGGGACAGGGCUCUGGAGCCAAUGUGCAUAAGGAACGAAUCGGACUCACAAAACGUAUGGGCGGAUGCCCCAGGCUUAUUUGGCAGCUGGCGUUAAUGGUAAUGGGUCUAAUGGUAAUGGGUUUCAUGUAUGGAGUACUCUUCAAGGCAUAAUGCGGUUCUCGACGAGAGUGCUUUUCUGGACUUUGGCACACAGCCAGCAAGCAGGGAAACCGAACGUGGUUUAAUCCUGAAACUGGAUCCAUGAGCACUUUAGUGUCUUCAAUCAUGCAAUACGAUAGUGAAUGGGGU